CCUGUGAGGAGGCGGGGCCCGGGCAGGCGCUGAGUGCUGGAGAUGCUGCUGUUGGUGCCGCCGCCGCCGCCGCUGUUGCUGCUGCGGGACGGGUUCGGGUCCGAGUCCGGCUUGGCGGCCAAGGGGCGUGGGUCGGCCCGGGGCGCGGUGGUACCAUCGGGAACACACUGAGAACCAUGUCCAGGAAGAAGACCCCCAAGAGCAAGGGAGGGAAUGUGCCCGCUGCCUCUACGCUGCCUGCCGCCGCCAACGGGCCCCGUCUGGCACAUCCCGGGACUGCGCGCCCUGGCCCGGAGGCGCCGCCCAAUGGGCCCCCGCAGUCCGGCCGGCCCUCACUCGGGGGCACUGGAGACUUCUACGACGUUGCUUUCAAGGUCAUGCUGGUGGGAGAUUCCGGUGUGGGGAAGACCUGCCUGCUUGUGCGCUUCAAGGAUGGGGCUUUCCUGGCUGGUACCUUCAUCUCCACUGUGGGCAUUGACUUCCGGAAUAAAGUUCUGGAUGUGGAUGGCAUGAAGGUGAAGCUGCAGAUCUGGGACACAGCUGGCCAGGAGCGGUUCCGAAGCGUCACCCAUGCCUACUACCGGGAUGCUCAUGCACUGCUGCUGCUCUAUGACAUCACCAACAAAGACUCCUUCGACAACAUCCAGGCCUGGUUGACAGAGAUCCAGGAAUAUGCCCAGCAGGACGUGGUGCUCAUGCUGCUAGGGAACAAGGUUGACUCUACCCAAGAACGUGCAGUGAAGAGGGAAGAUGGGGAAAAAUUAGCUAAGCUGGCAGUAGCUAUUUGCAGGAGUAUGGGCUGCCUUUCAUGGAGACCAGUGCAAAGACCGGCCUCAACGUCGACUUGGCUUUCACAGCCAUAGCAAAGGAGCUGAAACAGCGAUCCAUGAAGGCUUCCAGCGAGCCACGCUUCAGGCUGCAUGACUAUGUUAAGAGGGAGGGUCGAGGGGUUUCCUGCUGUCGACUCUGAACCUGCCUGAUCAUCAGUCCCACUCUGGAGGAAGCAGCCCCGCCUUGGAAAGCUGUACAGGAGUCUAGACUGGUGUGACCUCAACCAGCAGAUGCCUCCAGUGUACUCCAAGACCCUGGAGGCUAACGCUCUCAACCCCUUUGCCCUGGUGGCCAUCACAGAAAUGGCUUUGAAGCAAACCAUGCCACGACACUUUACUGUGCUCUUCUGGACACUUCCAGCAAUGAGGACCACACCGCAUACAUGCUACCUAACCUCUUAAGAAAAGCCAUGAUUGUCGUCCACAGCCCAGACAGGACCCCACCCAGGACAAAGGGCUACACCGCUCAUCUUUGUCCACUUGUUGGCCUGCUUCCAGCUCUCUACUAGGAGGCUCUGUGAUGUAGGAAAACUAAGUGCUGGAAACCACAGGAAUGUUGGGACUGCAGAGCUAAGAUACCACUUAGGUUGGCCCAGCCUUUUCCACUUUGUACUAAAGUCACCACACCACAAACUGGAAUAAAAGCCUGUUCUCAAAAAGCCCCUACUAAUAAAGUUGUUUUCUGGAGUUUGUGUCAUCCAUGGAAAACCACCUUCUAGGGCCAACAGGAUGGCUCAGUGGGGGUGGGCAAAGAAACUUACAGUCCCCCAUAAAACCCGGAUUAUCAAGAUUAGGGUGCACCACAAUCUGUUCUUGAGGCACAACUAGCUUAAAAGCUCGAUCCAGAGCUGUUAUGAAAACAGGGGGCCUUACUUUCACGACUCACAUCCUUUACUGUGCUAACAGCACAUGAAAUAAUGACGUCUGAAGCCAAAGUAAGGUUGCACUUUUGCUUUAUUGCUAAGAAAUUCACAUAGACAGAUGUCCAGCUUACCAGCAAACCCUCCUGCCCGAUGGAUCUCUAGUUGUAGCUGAUUUACAGUCAAAGUCUGCAGCCGACUCGCCAUGCUCUGAAA